AUGGGAGUAACUUUUCCGGCGAUAACAUUUCGAGCGCCGUCGCAGCACCGUGACAUCCAUGUGAAUGCCGCCGUUGCUACCGUUCCGGCGGUUGCGGCAAGGAAGAAGAAGCGGGCUUUGACGAAUAUUUCUGCCUCCGCGGUGGCUCGGAGAAGGUGGUGGCGGCUUUGCGGAGACGGCGACGCCAAGCCCGCGUCACUUGGUGAGUUUCUGGAGGUGGAGAGGAGAUUCGGUGACACUGCGUUUUACAGCGCGGCGGCGGAACUAGAGAGUGUGGUGGCUAGUGAAAGCGGAGGGCGUAAUGGUAAUAAUGGGAGGGUUCUGUUCGCAGAUGGGAGGGUUUUGCCGCCGGCGGCUAAUGAUGAUGCGGAUGAAACUUCUUCAACGUCUGGGAUUCUUUGUAGAUUUCCUGUUUCAAUUACCGGAAUUUGUAGAUAA